GCUAGGGUUUCGCCUCACCCCCCUCCUCACUCCCAAAUCCUCCGCCUCCCCCUCCCCCGCCGCCGGCGCGUACGUAGGCAACGAGCGACCCGCAGGCAUGGGCGUGUACACCUUCGUGUGCCGGAACUCCGGCGACGAGUGGGCCGGCAAGCAGCUCUCCGGGGAGCUGGAGGCCUCCGCCGCCACCCCGUACGAACUGCAGCGCCGCCUUGUCGCGGCCGCCUCCGCCGCGGACUCCGCCGCCGGCGUCCAGUCCUCCUUCGCCAUGGUCUCCCCCAAAUCCGCCGUCUUCCAGGUGAUUGUUGGUGCCGUCGGUGGCGGUGCAAUGAUGGUCAGUGGAGGUGCUGCUGCUGGUGGUGGUGCUGCAUCAGGUGCUGCCGUGGCUGAGGCCCCCAAGGAGGAGAAGGAAGAGGCGAAGGAAGAGAGCGAUGAUGACAUGGGAUUCUCCCUGUUCGAUUAGAUGUUAUUUUGUGCUCUUAAGUGUCGUAUGGUCAUAUUCUGGUAGUUUUGCAUGUCCUGUCAGCACGAGCCAGUGGCUUGUGAAACUGCCUAAGUUUGUCAAGUUCUUAAUUGUUACAAGUGACCCAUGUGUUCCCAGCUUAUGAAGGUUUUGAUUCUGCUGUUUAGAAUGAAAUAUCCUGCCUUGUUCUUUCUA